ACGUGAAGUCAAAGUCGUCCUCCACGCACCGCCGAUGUGCUUGCCUUUGGCUGUAUCCUCUCCACAAGCUCCACUUUUUGUCCUACUAGUGCUGUUCCCAGCUCGCUCACCGCUGACCACCACCCACCGGCACCAGCGCAGCGGCCAACCACCAUGCAUCACCCCUCGCCCUUCCUCUUCCUCCUCCUCCUCCUCCUCGCCGCCUCGCCUCUGGUCGCCACUGCGGCGACGUUCAACUGCGUCAGCGGGGUAUACAAGGCCAACAGCACCUACGAGGCCAACCUCCGCCGCCUGGCCGCCGUGCUCCCGGCCGAGACCGCCGCCUCCCAAGACCUCCAGGCGUCCCGCGGCGUGGGGUACUGGCCCAACCGGCCGCGGGCCUCCUCGCGGUGCUACUGGGGCGUCAGCCCUUCGUCCUGCGCCGCCUGCGUUGCCGGCGCCUUCCGGGAGGCGGAGCGGGCGUGCCCGUACGGCAAGAAGGCGGUCGUCUUCGCCCGCAACUGCACGCUCAGUCUCGCCGAUUUUCCUCGAGCUCUCGGCUUCCGCACCAUCAGUUGGCUUGACCUCUUGGGUCCGGGACUCAUAUUUCAAGCAAUUGGAUUUGCAUGGCUUUUCUUCCUGCUUCUGCAAGAAUGGCGUGAUAAAAGAAGAGCCUCUAUGAUGCGUUGUAGCUCUCUUCCAUCCGGAGAUCAGUAGUUGAUCAACUUGGUCAGACUAUUGGAUAUCAGCCUAUUCCCAACAAGAGGAAACACUAAUCGGGCUCUACAAGAACGCUCACAUGAUUACCUGAAUCGUGAUUUGAUGUUUUUUUUGGCAAAGAAUGGUUUGAUAUUGUCCUCCAAUUUGAAUGUUCGCAUUGGUUAUGAAUAAUUUCCAAGGUCCACUUCGUUUGUUCCUUUUGUUUUCAUCCUAUCCUUCGAUGCUCCAAAUAUGUAUGUAUUUCCAACUUGCCAGAAACAGAGUUCCAGCUUGCGGCAGAUAUUAACUGAACACUCCUCACUUUCAUCAUUAAACUCUUAAACCUUGGUUGGAUCA